AGCUAUCUUAAAUAUUUGUAACACUAUUAGAAAAACAAGAAUAAUAACGAUGCCUUGGAAAACGGUUUUUUUGAAAGACCGAAUGCGCAUGUUUAAAGAUCACAAUUGGUGGCUCGGACUAACGGAUGAAGAUAUAGAAGGAGCCUGGAAAUGGUUCGACACGGAUGAGAUGGCAAAUUUUACAGAUUUUAUGCCGGGUGAUGGAGGGGACCACAACACUGAGGAUUGCGCAGCCUUUUGCCUUGGUUCUUAUGAUUAUCAUUGGUGCGAUGCCCCCUGCUCUUACCUCACAGCUGUGCUGUGUGAAACCAGAGAGCACGAAGAGGUAUCAGUUAUCGGAUGAUGAGCGCCAUGCACUGAAAACACACAGUCCUAAGACUUUCAUCAAGACUGUAUUGGUUACUUGUUUGACUUGUAACAUGGAAAAAUGUGUUUUC